GAUUUAUUUUUUGCAUUGCCAGGAGGUUGGUGCAUGGGGUGCAAUGAAUGAGGUGCGUGUUCAGAAAGUGCUGCCCACUGGGUAGAGCAUGUGCUCCCUGGCAUGCAGACAACUUCCAGGUUCAAUCGCCAGGGCUGGGAGAGAGAGACUCCCUGCCUGAAACUCUGGAGAGCUGCUGCCAGUCCGAGCUGCCAGUACUAAGCCAAUAGCCCGACUUGGUAUAAGGCAGCUUCCGAAGUUCCUGAGAGUAGCAGGCACCCCCUCUUUCUGAAUUGUAUCAGCAAGGAGUCCCCGUCCCCCCUGCAUAGAAUUCAUAGAAUUGUAGAGUUGGAAAGAGUCCGAGGGUCAUCUAGUCCAACCCAACUCGAACCCAUGACCCUGAGAUCAAGAGUCAUGCCUUGGAAUGUGGGUGACCCCUUUCCAAGUUCACGGUGAGCUCCGGCCCCUCUUUUUCUAGAAAAAUAGCUCUGGGUGGAAGGCCAAGGGCAGGCCCACCGUCCUCAUCUGUCCUCUGCCCCACCACACACUAGUGAGGGAAAGAGCUGCGUUCGAAUCCUCCCUGCAAGUGGAAAUGGCUCGAGCAGGAGUCGGGGAACCCUCAGCCUCCUGCCUUCAGUUCCCAGCUGCGUUAGAGCGGUGGCUUCAGAUGGGCUUGACCCCUGAGAGCGAGGAACCACACGCCCGCCGUCUCGAGGAAGAAGGCCAAGCGUGCGCCGUGGGACAGUUUCUGAGGUGGACUGUGGAACAGAUGAAGCAGGAACCGACCGACGGGGUGUUGUCUCGGCACUGGGAAGCCCAGUGGCAGGCUUUCCUGAAGGCCUCGCGGUUCCUUGGGUUGGACCGGGGAGACCCACAGACUGUGCUGUCGGGUGGCGGCAAAAUCUUCCUUCCCCAUCGGUCCAUUGGCCGGCAGAUUAUGGCAGAGCAAAGGGCUGGCUCUGCAACUGCCCUCGGUGCGGAGGCCCAGCGCCAGAGCUUCCGCCGGUUCCGCUACCAGGAGGCUGAGGGCCCCCAUGAGGUCUGCAGCCGCCUCUGGUACCUGUGCCACCGGUGGCUGAAGCCGGAGAGGCACACCAAGGAGCAGAUCCUGGAGCUGGUGAUCCUGGAGCAGUUCCUAGCCGUCCUGCCGCCGGAGAUGCGGAGCUGGGUCCGGGAAGGAGGCCCAGAGACCUGUUCCCAGGCGGUGGCCCUGGCCGAGGAGCUCCUUCUGGGGCAAAGAGAGGCGGAGGAAGAACAGGUGAGGGAGGGUGUGCUCACCAGGUGACCUGAACAGCUUGGGAUAGCUCUGCUGGUAGAGCACGAGACUGUUGAUAUCAGGGUUGUGGGUUCGAGGCCCAACUGGGCAAAAGAUUCCUGCAUUGCAGGGGGUUGGACUAGAUGACCCUCGGGUUCCCUUCCAACUCUACAAUCGUAUGAAAAGCUAUACAUAUAGGGUAGAAUUCAACUUAGCGCUAAGUGGGAUGUGCAUGUACGGAACAAAGUCUGUUCAUACAGCAUAACUCCCCCCCCCCAUUCUCUUACAAGUUUAGGGGGUUCCCUCAACCCUCCAGAGCAGAUUUGGGGGUUGAAAUAUACUCAGAGUCGAGUGUGGAUUUCAUGCUCUUUAUUCAGCUCAUAGUAGUGAGGAGGAAUGGAAGUUCCCCCGAAAUGUCUGCUUUAUAUACAUUAUUUACACAAUGGGCCCCACGUGAUUGGCUAAUUCCGGGAUUCUCCUGUAGGCCAAUCAGGCUGCAGAUUCACUUCCACCUGGAGUUGGAUUGGGUGGCUCCUGCGGACCAAUCAUACUGCUGCAUUCUGGAUCCUAUUGUUCUAGGUCCAAUCAGACUGCUGCAGUUUGGAUCCUAUUCAACUCAGUACACAACACCGGGCUUGUGGGGGGGAGGGGCAGGGGAAGCCCUGUUGUGUGAGUGGACCUUGUUCUAUAUGCACAACUUACUUGAAUCUCUGCCCAGAUAUUUAUCGUUGUAUUAUUUAUUUUUUUGUAUCUAAUAUGUACUUCUACAAAUCAAUUGUUUAACGCAGGCUUCGUCAACCUUGGCCCUCCAGAUGUUUUUGGCCUACAACUCCCAUGAUCCCUAGCUAGCAGGACCAGUGGUCAGGGAUAAUGGGAAUUGUAGUCUCAAAACAUCUUGAGGUUUAAUGGUUUAAUUGUUUGAAUUGUCUUUUUCUUAGCUGCCUUGGGUGGUGUUAUGUACUGAGUUGAAUAGGAUCCAAAUUGCAGCAGUCUGAUAGGUCCUAGAACAAUAGGAUUCAGAAUGCAGCAGUCUGAUUGGUCCGCAGGAACCACCCAAUCCAACUCCAGGUGGACGUGAUUGGCCUACAGGAGAAUCCCGGAAUUAGCCAAUCACGUGGGGCCCAUUGUGUAAAUAAUGUAUAUAAAGCAGACAGUUUGGGGAAACUUCCAUUCCUCACUACUAUGAGCUGAAUAAAGAGCAUGAAAUCCACACUCAACUCCGAGUAUGUUUCAGGUUGCAAAAUAAGUUUUUUAUAAAAAUAGAUUGUUAAUGGACCAAAGUGGAAAAUUUAAGGUUAGAGUGUCUUAAGUUAAAUUUUAGAACGAAAAUUGAGAAAGAUGGAAAGGACUUGCUGAAAUAGCUAAUUGAACUAGAAUACAAAAAAGGGAGGUGUGAGGAGGUCGAUGAAACAAGUAUAUGAAAGGUAAAGAUAUGGAAAGGUUGGAUGUGUUUUUAGAUGUUUUUGUUCUGUUUUUUUGUUGUUGUUUUAUUGUAUUGUUUUCUUUUUUCUUUUUUUGAUGUAUUGUAAGGUAUUGUUUUGUUUUGUUUAAUUCUUUAUUGUUCUCUUGCUUCUUCUGUAACUUGUAAACUCUUAAUAAAUAUCUUUAAAAAAAAACAAAAACAAAAUAAGUUUUUUAAAUUCAGUGAAGAAGCACAGACUGUGUUCUCUUAGCUGGCAGAGACCUUUGCAAAACAAACUGAAAACGCUGCCUACUAUUUCAGGUGUCGGGCCUGUCCCAAGUCCUGAAAUUUCCUGAUGAUGAAGAGGAACAGGCGUCAUCUGAGUCUGGACAGGGGCUCCUCCGUGGGGAGAUCAUACAGGAGAGCGGAGAUUAUGCCAUUUCUCUGGGUCAGUAUCUGUAGUGUGGUAUUUCAGAUAUUUAUUUCCUUUACCUGAAGGAUAUUUACCUUUCUCUUCAGCCGAAAAUGGUCCCCAGAGUGGCUAACAGAGAUAUGUAAUGGGAGAAUCUGAAAGACAGUGCACAAAAGGAAGAGGGAUUGGGAGGGAGGAGGAAAUUGAGAUUCCUAGUUGAGAUUCCUGCAUUGCAGGGGGUUGGACUAAAUGAUCCACCGGGUCCCUUCCAACUCUUAAGAUUCUACAAAUCUAUGAAAAAAACGACAGGCAGCGGUUGCCAGAGUGUCCUAGAAAGAUCAUUAACAUUGCAGCCCCUGCCCUCAGGCUUACAGUCUGAAAGACAUGGCCCAAAAGGAAGAGGGUUUAGGAGGGAAGAGGACAAGACACAACUUAGUUACAAAGAUGUUUUUAAGACCAGCUGGAACGGGCCGUAAGGUGCUGGUGUCUCAGCUGACCCAAAGGGAUUCCUUUCUCUUCUCUUCUCUUCUUUUUUUUAGUUUUUUAUUUAUAUUUUUCAAAUUUAUACAUUUCAUUAGUUUUACAAUCAAUUUAACAUUUCAAAAUUGGACUUCCUUCCCCCUCUUUCUGCGGUUCCUUGUUUUUUAUUUAUUUUUUUAAAUUCUGCAUAUCCAAAUUCAUUUAACUUGUUCCUUUAAUUAUCUACUGUAAAUAUAUACUCUUAUAAAACUGCAGGUUAUUACAAUAAUCCUGCUAAUGGUUUUAUCUGUUUACAAUUUAUCUGUAAAUAUUCAAUGAACCAUUUCCAUUCUUUUAUAAAAAAAAAUUUAGCUUGAUUUUUUCAUUCUUCCACUUAGUUUCGCCAUUUUUGCAUAUUCCAUAAGUUUUAAUAAUAAUAAACAAUUUUAUUUAUACCCCACUCUCCCCAGCCAAGGGCGGCUAACAACCGAUAUAAAAACAAAUUGAUUGAAAUACAACUUAAAAAAGAAGAUUAAAACUUUAAAACAUUAAAACAUUAAAAUGCAGCCUCAUUUCAGUGGAAACUCAAAUCAAAAACAUUUUUUGGGGGAUGAAAAUGUCAAGUCUUCACCAAAGCCAACUAUCCAGACUGGUCCUACAUGAGCCAGAAAAAAGCCAGGGAAGUCCCCAAAUAGGAGUUCCAUCACAGGAGGAAAAAAGAAAGAGGGGGAGGGAAUCAAGUUGAUUCCAACCCAAAGGCCAGGUGGAACAACUGUCUUACAGGCCCUGCGGAAAGAAAUCCGAUCCCGCAGGGCCCUGGUCUCAUGAGACAGAGCGUUCCACCAGGCCGGAGCCAGUGUUGAGAAGGCCCUGGCUCUGAUUGAGGCUAAUCUGACUUCCUUAGGGCCUGGGACCUCUAGGGUGUUGCUAUUUAUGGACCUUAAGGUCCUCCGUGGGGCAUACCGGGAGAGGCGGUCCCGUAGGUACGAGGGUCCUAGCAUCCAUUCUCCCUUUACUGGGACUUCUGCUGUAGGUAGUUGGAAUGGCUGUUGCCAGGAGAGACCAGGGGUUCUUUAGCUGUGACUUCUGCAUCAUAGGGGGUUGGACUAGAUGACCAUUGGGUCCCUUCCAGCUCUACAAUUCUGUGGCUCUGAACAUACGUGCACGCACACCUGUACAUACUCAUUUUAUUCUUAUUCCAACAGAUGAUGCUUGGGGGACUGAGAAGGAUUGGGAAUCGCAUGAAGUGUGGUCGGGAGGAAUUAAGAGCGGAGAGGAGGAAGCUGACACUGAGAACCGAGAAGACAUCCUCAAGGGGGUGAAUCGAAUGGAGAUGUGGGACCAGAGACCCGUAGCCAGCCAGUUUGGAGCGUUCUACGAGCUCUCGGCCCAUCAGAAACCGCGGCUGGAGAAGCAGAGCACCUGCGGUGUUUGCGGAAAAGGCUUCAGCCGCAAGUCAAACCUUCUCCGACAUCAGAGAAUCCACACGGGAGAGGAGCCCUACAAGUGCCCGGAUUGUGGGAAGAGGUUCCGCUGGACCACGAGCCUCAUUGCGCACCAGAAGAUCCACACGGGGGGAAAGCCCCAUGAGCGCGGGAAGAGCUUUGACCACAGCCAGAACUUUGCACGGCACCAGAGGCUCCACCGUGGGAAGAAGCCACACAAGUGUGUCGAUUGUGGGAAAAGUUUCAGGCGGAGCUCGAAUCUGGCUAUUCAUCAGACGAUCCAUGCAGGGGAAGAACCUUUCAAGGGUGUGGACUGUGGGAAAAGCUUCAGCUACAAGUCAAGUCUCAGCCGGCACCAGAGGGUCCAUGCAAGGGAUGAAAGAUUCAAGUGUCCGCUCUGCUGGGCAAGCUUUGCUUUCGAAUCCAGCCUCACUAGACAUCAGAACAUCCACUGCGGGAAAAGUUUCAGCGACGGGCAGGACCUUCUUGCACAUCAGAUCAUUCCCGCCGGCACAUAAGCAGCCAGACUCUGUUCUAAGAGGCUGGAGUAAAAUAAAAUAUUUUUGCCUUAAGGGUGGCGGAAAUGUUUUGGUUUAAAAAUAUGUAUAUAUUGAUUUUCACAUUUAUCACAUAAAAAAAGAAAGAAAAAGGAAGAAAAACAUUACAAUACACAAAACAACAUAGAAAAGACACACACAAAAGAAUUUUUUACUUCCAAAUCCUAAUUUCAUUUCAUUGAUAACUGACUUCCUCGAAUCCCCUCUAACUGAAUUUCAUUAUAUCUCCUGUUUAGCAGUUCUCCAAAUUGAUAUUUCUAAUAAUAUUAUCUUCUUACAUUUACUAACUUCUUCUCCUUUAUUAAAAUUUUAAUCCUUAAUGUUUAUUAACAACAUAUUCUUAUUCUACCCCUAAGCCUAAUUCUUACUUCCAAUAAAUUUCUCUUAAUCUUAUGUUAGAAUAUUUAGCCAAAUAUUCUUUAAAAUUCUUCCAGUCCUCUUGUGUCUCCUCUUCUUUCUGAUCACAAAUUCUUCCAGUCGGGUCGGCCAGCUCCAAAAAGUCCAUCAUCUUCAUCUGCCAAUCUUCUAUUGUUGGUAUCUCUUGCAAUUUCCAAUUUUUGGCUAAUAAAAGUCUUGCCGC